CGUUUGUGGGCGGGGGCACACUCGGUUUUCAUAUUCACAAACAUAAUCGUCAGUGGUGUUACACCUUCGUCUGUGAUCGUCGUCUCUAGUAUUUCAAGUGCCUCGUGGUAUGUGAUUGUCAAGAGGCUGUUGACCGGCUCAGAAAUAAUUUGCGAUACUUCGCUCUUUAGCGACUGGCAAAUCGCGGUUCCAUUUUGAACGUAAUGACGGCUGAACAGAAGAGAAAUGGACUUGAAGUGAAGCCCGUGAAGAACGGUCACGUCAAGGGUCACGCGACACAUAGUCUCCAUAAUGGGGCGCCGCCACCGUCGCCGCCGGCCCGGCCGCGACCCAGCUCCACAGAGAAGAUCGAGGAGUGUACCCUGUGGGUGGCCUUCAUCACCUACCUGGCCUACUUCAUCCUGGUGACGGUCGGCUACGUCAAGGAGUUCUUCUUCCCCGUGCACCAGAAGGAGAAGGACAGGCAGGGCUACACGCCGCUGUACUCGAGCUUCGAGAGCUUCUACAUCCGCAACGUGUACCGGCGCAUGUCCGACUGCUUCAACAACCCGCUGGCCAGCUGUCCGGGCGGCGAGAUUGACAUCCAGGUCCGCGAGACGCUCGACUACGGCUUCAGUUACAGACGCACGGGCGCCCUCAACCGGUGCACCAACUUCGGCUCCUACAACUACCUGGGCUUCGCCGAGAAGAGCGGACCCUGGACCGACUCGGCCGAGCGGCUGCUGCGCCAGAAUGGCGUCUCUUCGUGCGCCACGCGGCUCCAGCUGGGCAGUCAGCAGUGCCAGCACGACCUAGAGUCGCUGGUGGCCGAGUUUCUUGGCGUAGAGGAGGCCGUGACGUUCGCCAUGGGCUUCGCCACGAACGCGCUCAACAUCCCGACGCUGGUGGGGCGCGGCUGCCUGGUGCUGAGUGACCAGCUGAACCACGCCUCGCUCAUCCUGGGCCUGCGCCUCUCCGGCGCCACCAUCAACGUCUUCAAGCACAACGACGUGCACGACCUGGAGCGGAAGCUACGGCGUGCAAUCGUGGAAGGUCAUCCGCGCACGCACCGGCCGUGGAAGAAGAUACUGAUCGUGGUCGAGGGUAUCUACAGCAUGGAGGGCUCCAUCUGCCGCCUGCCCGAAAUAAUCGAACUCAAGAAGAAGUAUAAGGCGUACCUGUACCUGGACGAGGCGCACAGCAUCGGAGCGCUGGGGCGCUCGGGCCGUGGCGUCACCGAGUACUGGGGCUGUGACGCGCGCGACGUCGACGUCCUCAUGGGCACCUUCACCAAGAGCUUCGGCGCCGUCGGCGGCUACAUGGCCGGCAGCAAGCGGCUGAUCGCACACGUGCGCCGGCACAGCCACAGCAUGCACUACGCGGCGACGCUACCGCCGCCGGUGGCCGGCCAGAUAUCGGCUGUGGUGCGCGAGCUGAUGGGUCGCGGCGGCGGCACCGGCCUCGGCCUGGCGCGCAUCCGGCGCCUGGCCGACAACACGCGCUACUUCCGCAAGCGGCUUAGUCAGAUGGGCUUCAUCCUGUACGGCAGUGACGACUCGCCGGUGGUGCCGCUGCUAAUCUUCCUGCCGGCCAAGGCGGCGGCGUUCUCCCGCGAGCUGUUCAAGCACAACAUCGCCACCGUGAUCGUGGGCUUCCCGGCGACGCCGAUCCUGACUGUGCGCUGUCGCUUCUGCAUCUCGGCCGCCCACACCAAGGAGAUGCUGGACAAGAUUCUGGAGCUGAUCGACAAGGUCGGGGACGAGCUGGAGAUCAAGUACUCGCGCCGGCCUCGCUCCAACGUCCACAUCGAGUACGGCCGCUGCUAGCGGGCCCAGAGCGGAGCGGCCGCCGACCGUGCCGGUCGUUCGGAGCGGUGGGCGUCAGCUCGGCUUCGAGCCGGCUGCGCCGCUGGGUACCGCUCGGCUGCCCACCUAUUGUGAUACUGCGGGUAGGCGCAGCUGAGCUGAGGCGGCGGGAACGCCCCUUGCGCGCGGCUUUCUCCUGGCGCAUUGUCGCCGCUGCCUUCGUCUGUCGCGUGUUUGGGCGGGUGGCGCCCCGGCCCGUUCUGUCGUCCGCCCUGCCCCGCCGCCGCCGCCGCCGCCCGUGCC